AUGAACGGCAACGCGACGCUCGGACGCAAUCAGGCAUUCGCUUUCGAGAAUUACAAAAAAGGAGCUCGGAUCUGGCAACGACACUCGGAACUCGUAUGGAUUUGUGGAUUUCUCCUCGACGAUCUUAAAAUCGGCGCCACCCGGGCUCAUGUUCAGUUGGAUGACGAGAGUGUGGUCGAGAUCUUGAUUAAAGGCCCCGAGAGUCUCCCUUUUUUGCGUAAUCCCGACAUUUUGAUUGGUGUCGACGAUUUAACCACUUUGAGUUAUCUUCAUGAACCAGCUGUUCUUCACAAUCUCCAAUUUCGCUUCAUGACCCGGAAAUGCGUGUACACGUAUUGCGGAAUCGUGCUCGUCGCUAUAAAUCCGUACGCAAAUUGUGGACACCUUUACAGUGAUGAUGUGAUACAGAUCUAUCGUGGUGUCGGGAAACAAGUUCGUGAACUUGACCCACAUAUCUACGCGGUGGCCGAAGAGGCCUACUAUGAUCUUUGUGAAUAUCAGAAAAAUCAAUCGAUCAUCGUUUCCGGAGAAUCGGGAGCAGGAAAAACCGUCUCGGCUAAACAUGUCAUGAGAUACCUCGCUACCGUUGCUGGUGGGAAUCAAGGUUUCCGGGGAAUCGAGGAGAAAAUCCUUGCCUCAAAUCCAAUUAUGGAGGCGAUCGGAAACGCGAAAACGAUCCGCAAUGAUAACUCGAGUCGUUUCGGGAAAUUCAUUCAAAUCAAUUUUGGAGACAACAAUGAGAUUGUGGGCGCAGAAAUGAAAACUUACCUCUUGGAGAAGUCGCGCUUGGUUUUCCAGGCUCAAAACGAGCGGAAUUAUCACAUCUUUUAUCAAAUGUGUGCCAGUUUUGAUCAUGCACUAUUGAGACCUUGGAAUUUGAAAUCGGCUGAUGAUUAUUUCUACGCGAAUCAGGGAAGAAAUAUUUAUGUCGAUGAAGUCGACGAUCGAGCUGAAUUUGAAGAGACGGUGCAAGCUCUUGAUCUACUCGGAUUCACUGUCGUUGAGCAGAGCGAACUCUUCCGUGUGCUCGCCGCCGUGCUCACACUCGGCAAUGUCGACUUUGAGGGUGAUGAGGGAUCGACGAUUUUGACAAAAUGCGGCAGUGAUCUGAAGCACCUUUGUCAAGAGCUCCUUUUGGUGAAAGAGACGGACUUGCGACGAUGGUUGACACAUCGAGAGAUUCGAGCAAUCAAUGAAACUGUCGUGAAACCGUUGACGAGAGAAGAGUCUCUUCGGAAUCGAGAUGCUCUCGCAAAAAUGCUUUACUCGAAUCUUUUCAAUUGGGUGGUUGCAAAGGUGAACGUUUCGUUGGCAAGGAAGGAAAAAUUGAAAAAGCGACAGAAUGAGAAAUUCAUUGGAGUCUUGGAUAUCUAUGGAUUCGAAACCUUUCAAGUGAACAGUUUUGAGCAAUUUUGUAUCAACUAUGCGAAUGAGAAAUUGCAACAACAGUUUAAUCAACACGUCUUCAAGUUGGAACAAGAAGAAUAUGAGAGAGAAGAGCUCAGCUGGGUCCGAAUCGACUUCUACGAUAAUCAACCGUGCAUCGAGUUGAUCGAGGGUCGUCCGGGAUUGAUCGAGUACCUGGAUGAACAGUGCAAAAUCGUCAAAGGCACUGAUCCCGGCUGGCUCGAUCAAAUCACGAAUUGUCCUCAGCUGAAGAAGCAACCGCAUCUACAAAUGCCAAAGAUCAAAGCCUCGUCGUUCAUGGUUCGGCACUUCGCCGCCGAUGUCUCUUAUCAAAUCGAUGGUUUCGUUGAGAAAAAUAAGGACAGUGUGAACGCGCAACUGCUGGAAGUGAUUGCACAGACAAAGAGCAAUUUCCUCAAAACGAUCAUCUCAUCUGUUAUCGAGGAGCCGGCAAGCGGCCGAAAACCUGGAACCAUCAAGAAGACUGUCGCCGGACAGUUCCGUGACUCUUUACGCGAGAAGAGUUCUUUUUUCGAGCCGAAACGAGCCAUCCAACAGCUGCGCGCUUGCGGUGUACUCGAGACGGUCCGCAUCUCGGCUGAAGGCUACCCAAGCAGAUGGAUCUACGAGGACUUUGCGAAACGCUAUCGUGUUCUUUAUCCAUCCGGUGGCGCUCUGUUGAGAACACACGACGGUUGCAAGCAAUUCGCUCAAAAAGCUUGCAGCAAAAUUCUUGAGGAAGAAAAGUUCGCGCUUGGACGCACAAAGAUUUUCUUCCGAACUGGCCAGGUUGCUCUGUUGGAAAGACUGCGACAAGAGACGCUGACAAGAAGUGCCACGAAAAUCCAAUCCGUUUGGCGUGGGUAUGUCGCCCGAAAGCGCUACGAAAAGCUCAUGGCCGCCGUUCGACUCAUCCAGGCCUCACUUCGGGCCCAUCUCGCGUGUCGCCGCUUGCAUUACCUCCAAAUGCAACGAGCUGCUGUCAAGAUUCAGACGACUUGGAGACGCUACAUUGCCGAGAAGCGCUAUAAAAGUCUCCUCAACGCCGUCAUCGCCAUCCAAUCAGCCCACCGAGCGAAUGUUAUUCGAAGAGCUUAUCAAAAGAUGCGUUAUGAGAAGUGCGCGAUCACAAUCCAGCGCUAUUUCCGCGGCUACAUGGUACGCCGCGAACGUGUCAAGUACAUUCGAAAAGUCAUCAAGGUUCAAUGCUGGGUGCGUCGUUGGUUGGCAAAACGACGUUUACGAGAAGCUCGAAUCGAAGCUCGCUCCGUUGGCCAUCUCCAGAAACUCAACAAAGGACUCGAGAAUAAAAUCAUCGAGCUGCAAAUCAAAUUGGACACUUCAAAUCAUGAGGUGACAAAAAUUCGCGCGCUCGAAAAUGAGAAGAAAUUGCUGGAAAUGAAGCUCACCGAGCAGUUGAAAACGAAAGAAAACGAGAAGCAAAAGCUCACAGCCCAGUUGGCGGAAAACCGGCAAGCGAUGGAGCUCCUCGGAGCCGAUCUCACCAAUCUUCAAUCGGAGAGACCAUUACUGAUCAAAGCUCGCGAUCGAAUGUUGGAGCUAGAGAUGGAGGUCGAUCGAUUGCAGGUUGAAUUAGAAGUACGUGAGGGUGAGAAAAUCGAGGCUGACAGUCGGUGUCAAGUCGCUGAAAGUAAACUGGCACAGUGUCGUGCUGACUACGAGCAACAACUUUCACAUCUCCGCGAUCAGUAUUCCGAGCUGAAAACUCGAGCUGAAGGUGCUGAAAAGGAACGGGACAUUGUGAAUAGCCGAUUGAGAGCAGAAAUCUUUCAAAAGGAGAAAUUCGAGAGCGAUUUGUCGAUGAUGAGGAAACAAUUGGUGGACAAUGCGAAUCUGCUGGCGAGUGGAGCGCUCGGAAAAAUGGAAAGGAAACAAAGCAACGACAAGCUUCAAAGUGGAAACAAUUCUGGUGACGAGCUUGAGGCGAUGAACUCAAAAUUGCGUCUUGAGAUCGAUCGUCUCGUCGAAUCGCAUCUACCGAAUGAUUACAAAGCACGAGACAUGAUUGAUCGAUUGAUGGAAGAAAAUGAAAAGCUCCGAGACGAAGCGACAGAGCUCCGAGCCUUGCUCUCCAACAAUCCAGCGUCAACGAGUCCCAGACCGGAUUCUGGUCAUUGGUCUGCUGGGCACUCGGAAUCGGGCAGUGAUGCGGAGAGUCGUCACCGACUCGAGGCCACCACCGAUUUGGAUCGAGAGUUCUUUCAAGUAGAAGAUGAGGAUAUUGCGAGCGAUCAUCAGAAUAGUCAUGCGCAAAUGAAUGGGAAACACCCUGAUGGCUCCGUGGAUGCUUUACGCUCGCAAAUGGGUGAACUCGUCUCCGAGAAUCUCGAUUUAACGGAUAAAUUCAAUCGGCAAGCUGACGAACUCUCGGAGAUUCGCGCUCAAUUGCGAGGAUAUGCCGGUGACUGUGAAGCCGGUACCGCCUCGGACAGUGAGAUUGUGCGCGUGGAGGCGAUUGGUGGAAGGAGAAAUUCUGAGAUCCACUCAGCUCGGCUACACGUCUACAAUGUGCCUGAGUUCUCGAAGAUUUUGAUAUCAGAUUUGAAACCUCGUUUGGCUAAACAUCUAACUCCGUGUUUCCCUGCGUAUCUCUUACUUACAUCAUUCAGAUACUACGAUGAGCAACAAGAUGAAACCGGGUUGACGCCACUCUUCUCGGCGAUUCAUGUCGUGCUGAAAGAUACGAUCUCGCACACUCAAGACAUGGACAUCCUUUCGCUGUGGCUUGUCAACACAUGGCGACUCUAUCAUCUCCUUCGACAGUAUGGCGAGAUUGACAAUGUCGAGUGGCAAGCGGCAAACACCGAAACACAAAACGGGCAAAGGAUUAAGAAUCUGGACUUGGAUCCAUUAAGGCAACAGAUUGCCGCUCGAGCCGAUGAGUGCUACCAGACGUUGAUGAAGAAGACGAUCGAGCCACUGUUGAAGCAAAAGACAAUCCCUGGUGUCCUUUUGCACGAGUCCCCAAUGUGGGAGAUGUUAACGGGGAAACAAUGCGAUGGAAGACACGCCAAAGCGCUUGAUGAUCUUCUUGAUUAUUUCUCGAUCAUUCAACAAAAAGUGGCUGGUUUUGGAGGAGAUGAGAUCAAACAUAACGUGCAAGAGAUCCAGAAUUGGUUGGGAAAGCACAACAUGAAGGGAUUAGAGCCAAUGUUUGAGCCGUUAGUACAGGCAUCCCAUCUACUUCAAUCGAAAAAGGAUGAAUCUAAUGUGGAGACACUUUGUGGAGAGAUGACGAGCGUUUUGUUACCUAAACAGAUUCUUUGCAUUCUUCAACAUUAUACCCCAUCAGAAGGGUUUGAAGAGAGUGUCGUUUCACCGGAAUUACUCGAUCGAAUUGAGAAAAGAUUAUUGGAAAGAAGUGCUGCCACUGGACAAGAUACGAACAAAUUGAUCAUGCCGGGUACCUAUUUACCUCCAUUGGAUACAAAUAAAUUUGUACCCUGUGAUUUCCGUCUUGAAACUCUCUCACUUCCAUCACCCCUUCGUUUACAUGAAGUUUGCCGUUUUCUU